AUGGGCAAUCCCGAUCUAGAGCUACAGAAUCCCGACCGGGCCCCACACCACCACCGUCGGCGCCGUUCAAGACGAGAUGCCGCCGGCGGCGUGUGCACGGCUGUCGCCGCGGGCAUGCUACUCGCCAUUGGCGUCUGGGGCAUCUGCUUCGACGCCUCGACGCGGUCUCUGCUGCGGCUGCAGCAGCACUGUCUCGGCCAUCCUGCCCCCGGUUCAGCCCUGGCAGCCAGCGGCGUUCUGGACGCGGCCGAGCAGUGCGCCGUCCGCAGCUUUGCCAAGGAUGCGUCUUUCCUCGACGGCGCUGCGGCCAUCGAGGCGGACGAGCUUCUGGCGCGCCGCAAUGCAUUGGCCGAGGUGCUCAGAGACGAAGGCGUGGAUGCCUUUGUCGUCGAGCCAGGCUUUACAUUUGAGUAUUACGCAAACGUAUCCCGCACCGACUGGUAUCCGUCGGGACCCGAAUCGCAGCCUUUACUCAUGGUGAUCCAGCCCGCCGACGGCUGCGACGGCGGCAUCGUCGCCAAGACGGCCUUUGUCGCGCCGCUCUCGGCCGUAGAUCGCCUGCGCGCGCUCUCCAUCCCUCGCCCCUCCUCGGAGCCCAGCCUCGACAUUGUCGCCUGGCAGCCGCACUGGAACCCCUACGCCACGCUCCGAAAAUCGCCGCUCUUCGCGCCCGUCGAUCCCCUAGCCGGCGAGCACACCGACCAACGCCCGGUCCUCAUGGUCGACCGGGACACUCGCAGCUUCGUCGUCGACGGCCUCUGGGACGCCGGCUUCCGGUACAAGCGCCUCACGCCGUCGGUGAGGCAGCUGCCGCAGAGCAAGAUCUCCGCUGCAGAGCGCAUCGCGGGUGGCCUCGACAGUGCCGUGCACGCCGUGCGGGCGUGUCUUGUCCCUGGGCAGACGGAAGACGGCGCGCGCCGGAUGCUGGACGCAACGCUGGCGUCGGCUGGCCUGACGCCGCAGAGGCUUGCGGUGCUCUUUGAUGUUAACGGCAGCGCGCCGCAAGGCAAUGUGCUCAGGGAGGACAGCAUGGUGACUGUGGAGGUGGGCGCGCGUCACCUGGGGUACUCGUCUGACAUUGUGCGACGCUUUUCCAUCGACCAGGCGGACAGACGAGAGUCUAGGGAAGCAGACGUUGCAGAGGUUGCUGGCGGCGCAGGUCGCGGCCAGUAA